UCCAAGCUGGCCUCAUACUCACAGCAAUCCUCCUGCCUCAGCCUCCUGAGUGCUAGGAUGACAACCUGAGCCACUAUGCCAGGUUUGAAACACUCUUUUAAGGAGCUCUCAGUAUCAUGUCCAUAAAUUUCAUAGAAUUAUUCCUGUCUCUCUGGGUAUAUCUGAUGUACCAGAUUCUCAAAGGGUCACGGCCCUGCUCUCUAAAAAGACUCGUCUACGGCCAUACCACACUGAAUACUCCCAAUCUAGUCUAAGAAGACUCUUCCCAGCUCCUACAAUUAAUGGAUUUUGCCCCAUGGUCACUCUAUGCUCUCUCAAAUCUGGAGUCCCCUGGGUGGCUUCUGAAUUCCCAGGAGAUCCUUUGACCCUUUGCCCUGGUCCCCAUUCCCAGUGCUAGAAUGCUUCUGUGCUUUGCUGUCUAUGACCUCAGGCGAGUCCCUUGUCAUUUCUGAGCCCCAGUUCUUUCAUCUGCAAGAAGGGCAAUUCCCAUCUCCUCAAAUUAUUGUGAGAAUCGAGUAAGAUAUGUCUGCAAAGAAAAUGCUCCCUUGCUUUCACUGCUCCUCCUUCCUUAGCCCCUGGAGCCUCUGCUCCCCCUCCCCCACGGGAAUACAGUUAGCUCAUUUACUGGAGCAGAUUAGUCUCAAAUGUCUCUUAAUCUCCACGGCACUUCCUUAAUCAGAGCCCUGGUGGAGACAGGGCUGGUAUAAAUCUGCAUCAGUUCCUGGCUCAUAGAUGAAGCAGGAUGGGGCAGGACACGGAAGCCAGGCUGCUGCUGCUGCUAUGUGUAACAUCCUGCGGACGUGCACAGGCAGAUGGGCUGAGGGGACACACAUCCGUCAUUGAAGUAACCAAUGGGGGUCCCUGGGGCGACUGGACCUGGCCUGAAAUGUGUCCCGAUGGAUACUUUGCCAGUGGUUUUUCACUUAAGGUGGAGCCGGUUCAAGGCAUUCCUGGGGACGACACGGCUCUGAAUGGGGUCCGGCUGCAUUGCACUCGUGGGAACGCAGAGCACGUUGUAGAGUCCAAAUCCGGAAGAUGGGGCUUGUGGCGUGAGCCGAUGUGGUGUCCCAACAGAGGCUUCCUAGUGGCUUUUGCGCUUCGCGUGGAAGCAGCUAUGACUCCUGGGGACAACACCGCAGCGAACAAUUUGCGCUUCCGCUGCUCAGACGGCACAGAGUUGGAGGGGCCUGGGCUGAGCUGGGGUGAAUUUGGAAACUGGAGUGACUCAUGCUCCAAAGGUGUGUGCGGCUUGCAGACCAAGAUCGAGGAUCCUAGAGGCCUCCGUGAUGACACUGCACUUAAUGACCUGCAAUUAUUCUGCUGCCAAAGUUAAAGCUCUUCCUGCUGUCUUUCCAGCAGGGAUGCCAGUCCCAUCUCCUAAGCUAGUCCCACCUCCCACCAUUAAAAUUUGUCAAUCUUGACUUUGGUCUCGCUUGUUUUAGGGAGGGGAAAUUGCCUAUCCUUUCCCCCUCUUUACCAGCACCAGGCCAGACCUAGAUUCUGGUUUAGUCUCAGGGGUCUAUGGCAGGUAGCUAAGUUAUGGGCUCCCAGUCCAGAAAAAUGUACUUUUUUUAUUUUUAUUUUUUCUAAAUGAAGGAAGACCUAACUUUCUGAGGACAUCUGGCCCAUCAAAAGCACAGGUCAUCUUUCAGAACCAUCAGUUACCUUAGGUUGAGAAACUUCUGCCAAGUUAGGUGACAAUGCUAUAAUGGUUUUAAAGCUUCAUUUUCCAGAGUUUAGGAGGCUAAAAUAUCUUUUUUUCAUACUGAAAAGAAAUUUCCAGGCAGAUGGAUAUUUUUAACAAAAAAAUAACUGAAUUGGACAACUACGAGUUAACUGUGUUGUUAAGCAACUAUGGGUUAACUAGGUAACUAUGCUCUCUGUAGAAUGUACCUGAGUAGCCAUGACAACUUAUGUAAUCUGUUACCAGAGGAGCGUCACAGACUCAGGAAGUCCUGCCAGGCCCCCUGCCCAGCCACUGUGCUUUGUGUGAACUCUGCUUACUAUAUUCCCUGGGAAACUCCAAUGGAACUAAGCUCCACAGAUGUAAAAAAUGUCAAAUAACUAAUCAACCAAAGACGGCCAAGUACUCUGCUUCUGCUUCUGUACCUCCUCCUUACAACCCUAUAAACUAUGGGCACACUGGUCUGACCUUUUUUGGCAAAGAUACCAGUCAGAUCUGCCAGUGUAAA